GCACAGGGUGUUUCAAAUCAAGCAAAUAAUACUCCUCUGCCUGAUAUUGGUCUUCCCGAUGGUGGCGUUCCUCAACAGUAUCCUCAACAGGCAAGUCAACAACCGGGUGCUCCAUUUCAGACUGUUGGACUUCCUGAUGGUGGUGUUCCUCAACAGUAUCCUGGUCAGACCCAGGGGCCAAACCAGGUUCCGGUUUCUACACAGCCUCUUGACCUGAGCGUUCUUGGAGUUCCAAAUACCGGUGAUUCUGGGAAGCCUCCUGGACAGCCUCAAUCGCCUCCUGCAUCAGUUCGUCCUGGACAG